CACCCGCAGAAGGCCUGAUCCAGGCAUGGAGGAGAAAGAAGAGGACUCAGGAUGAUAUGUUCAGUGAGAUCCUGCAAGCCAGUGCUGUGCCAGACCGUGAGCUGAGGGCCUUGAGGGAUCAAUUUGAUAACUUAGACAAGCAUACGCAGUGGGGCAUUGACUUCUUGGAGAGAUAUGCAAAGUUUGUAAAAGAAAGGAUAGAGAUUGAACAAAACUAUGCAAAACAAUUAAGAAAUCUGGUUAAGAAGUACUGUCUCAAACGUUCAUCAAAAGAUGAAGAGCCCAGGUUUACAUCAUGUCUAGCCUUUUUUAACAUCCUUAAUGAGUUAAAUGACUAUGCAGGACAACGAGAAGUAGUAGCAGAAGAAAUGGGACACAGAGUGUAUGGAGAACUAAUGAGAUAUUCUCAUGAUCUAAAAACAGAAAGAAAAAUGCAUCUUCAGGAGGGACGAAAAGCUCAGCAGUAUCUUGACAUGUGCUGGAAACAGAUGGAUAAUAGCAAAAAGAAAUUUGAAAGAGAGUGCAGAGAGGCAGAAAAGGCACAGCAAAGCUAUGAAAGACUGGACAAUGACACCAAUGCAACCAAGGCCGAUGUUGAGAAGGCUAAGCAACAAUUAAACCUGCGUACACACAUGGCAGAUGAAAACAAAAAUGAAUAUGCUGCACAACUACAGAACUUUAAUGGAGAGCAACACAAACAUUACUACAUUGUCAUUCCUCAGAUUUACAAGCAUCUUCAAGAAAUGGAUGAACGGAGGACCAUCAAGCUUAGUGAAUGUUAUAAAGGUUUUGCUGAUUCUGAGCGCAAAGUUAUUCCCAUAAUCUCUAAAUGUUUAGAAGGAAUGAUUCUUGCAGCAAAAUCAGUUGAUGAACGCAGAGAUUCUCAAAUAGUGAUAGACUCCUUCAAGUCUGGGUUUGAACCUCCUGGAGACUUCCCAUUUGAAGAUUACAGUCAGCAUAUUUACAGGACUGUCUCUGAUGGAACCAUCAGUACACCAAAGCAGGAAGGAAUGAAGAUCGAUCCAAAAACCACUGUGGGCAAGGCUAAAGGCAAGCUGUGGCUUUUUGGAAAGAAGCCAAAGGGUCCCGCACUAGAAGAUUUCAGUCAUCUGCCGCCAGAACAAAGACGUAAGAAACUGCAGCAGAGAAUCGAUGAACUCAACAGAGAACUACAGAAAGAAACAGACCAAAAGGAUGCACUCAUCAAAAUGAAAGAUGUUUAUGAGAAGAAUCCACAGAUGGGGGAUCCAGGCAGUUUGCAGCCAAAAUUAGCUGAAACUAUGGGCAACAUGGAUCGUCUUCGAAUGGAAAUACACAAGAAUGAGGCCUGGCUCUCUGAAGUUGAAGGUAAAGUAGCAGCAAGAGGAGACAGAAGGCACAGCAGUGACAUCAACCACCUUGUAACACAGGGAAGAGAGAGCCCAGAGGGAAGCUACACGGAUGACGCAAACCAGGAAGUUCGAGGUCCACCACAACAGCAUGCCCACCAUAAUGAAUUUGAUGAUGAAUUUGAAGACGAUGAUCCCUUACCAGCUAUAGGACACUGCAAAGCAAUUUAUCCUUUUGAUGGUCACAAUGAAGGCACUCUGGCAAUGAAAGAAGGGGAGGUUUUGUACGUUAUCGAGGAAGACAAAGGAGAUGGAUGGACAAGAGCUCGAAGACAGAAUGGAGAGGAAGGCUAUGUGCCAACAUCAUACAUAGAUGUAACUCUAGAGAAAAACAGUAAAGGUUCCUGAAGCGGGUUUCUGAGAAAAUGGGCGAGAUGUUGAAGGAGGUUACAUGCAGCUGCUUUUGGGGGAGGGCAUUAGGCUGGGAGGCCCAGCAAAAAGAGGGAAAAGCAAGUUGCAUGAAUGCAUGCAGACAUACAUUUGUUCACUAACAUUCUUGGCAUUUCCAUACAUAUGUUCUGAAUUGUUACAAAUUCUUAAAUUUUUGAAGCAAGAGAGAACUCCAUUAUGGCAGAAUAAAAAGGCAACCAGAUUUUAAAUACUUCAGUCUCAUUUUCCUAAAAGACGUACAAACUAUUCAUCAGUUUGUAUUACAUUUUGGCUGUCUCAGCUGUCGUCUUUUCCUACCCCAUUUUAAUUGGCAAUCAGAACCAUGUCAUUUGUCCACAUCUGCCAGUACCACCUUCAUGCUCGCCCUAACCUCCUCCUGCAUGUCUAGAAUUGUCAGGCACCGCUACAUAACACUUUAUUAUCUCCAUUGCUUCUUAUUUUAUUUUGCAUUUGUAGCAAAACCACUUUGUUUAAAUAUUUCCAGCACUAAAGUUUUCAUCCCAGUGUCCAUGUUUGCUGCUAUAACUAUUCCAAUGCAACCAUCAUUACAUUCCAGUUUUCUUGGCAUUAUAACUGAUGUAAACCUUUAUGUAUUUAUGUUGAGUUGGGGAAAAGACUAUAUCUCAGCUCUAGCCCCUGAUGUAGUCACAGGAUCUCCAAGAACUGUGGUUCAUCUUCAGCACUUCAGUAACCUAUUGUGAGCACUGAAAACCUGGCAUGACAACAAAGAGAUUCACCACAACAAGACAAAUGACUGUUUUCAGAAGUCAACUGCUUGCCAUUCAAAUGCUGCCUUAAAACUAGAGUGCCUAAAUCUGUUGAUUGCCAAUCCUGCCACUACAGUAUCCCACAAAGGGCUUUGUGUCUCAGCUCAGUAUGACCGCCUGUAACUCUUUCCAAAGUGUAGCAGCUGCUGAAGUAGCCAGGGUAGGUGUUUGUUUUCUAGAGCUUUACCUUAACAUAAUACAUGGUGCAUCAUAAAUUUUAUGCAUUGAAACUAAAGACAUCUAAAAAAACUUUAUGGAAACUUUGAUUGUUUUUUAAUUUUGGGUUAUGAGGCUCCAGUGGUAGUCUGUUUUUAGGUGAUGCUUCAUUGUAUGGACCAGUUGAAAUUUGAGUGAUACUUUGUAAUGAUCUAUGUGCACUUUUACUUGUAAACAAUUGACAUUUGGAUAUGUUUAUAUGUGUAAAUAUAGCUGGCUGCAGUGCCCCUAUUGCUUAUGGUGUCUUUUCUCCCAUUUGUGAUUCUAUUAAUAAAAUAAAUCUGAUUGGAUUCAGUGGUGAACACUAGAGUAGAGGGAGGGAGAUUUGUAUCAUUUAAAGCUUCAUAAGCCCAGCCACUUGCUGUUUGGGGAAUGAGAUAAAAUUGUCUCUUUCACAGGGUUUGAAGCAAUACUUGGACACAGCAGUGCUGAAUUCCUUUUUUUCAUUUGUUUGUUUUGGUAAAUGAAAAUUCAGUGUUGUUAGAAAUUGUACUACCAGUAAUACUAAAUCUGAGUGAUUUCUUGUGUGGAAGUGUAUUCCUUUAUGUAUACCACUAUUACACAGCUGACCUAGUGUAUUACAUUUGGGGGCUAUUAAACGCGUUUAGAUUUUUGGAUAUUGUAUACAGGGUUAUUUAUAUAAGGUGACAUUACUCAAUACUGACAAACUACACAGUGUAGUUUUUUUUUUUAAAAACAGUGCUUUUUUAUUUUGGAAAUGUGAGCUGAUUUCUUGGCUAGAAGCCUCACAGGUCACUGGUAACACUUCCUGGUAAAGAACUAACUGUUCUUUUCAUGCUACUGUUUGUUUU